AUGACUUUCCUCGCUCUCAUCGCGUUGUGUACCACUUACGCAUUUGCCGUCUCCCCGCUGGUCGUCAAAGGGUCCGACUUCGUCAACAGCGUCGAUGACACCCGAUUCCAGAUUAUCGGUGUGGCUUAUCAACCCGGCGGCUCUUCGGGCUUCAAUCCUGGUUCUGGUAUCGACCCGCUGAGCGAUGCUUCAGUCUGCCUUCGAGAUGCUGUCCUCAUGCAGCGACUAGGUGUCAACGCCAUCCGAGUCUACAACCUCGAUCCUGAUCUGGACCAUUCCGAAUGCGCUUCAAUCUUCAACGCAGCUGGUAUCUACAUGAUUCUCGACGUCAACAGUCCCUUGCCCAAUCAAUCUCUCAAUCGCGGUGCUCCAUGGGAAUCAUACAACUCGGAUUAUUUGGAGCGCGUUUUCCAGGUCGUCGAAGGUUUCAUGCAUUUCAACAAUACCUUGGGCUUCUUCAGUGGCAAUGAAGUCAUCAACGAAGACUCGGUCCCAGAAGUUCCCGCAUACAUCAGAGCUGUCACCCGUGACGUCAAAGACUACAUUGCGGCUCAGUCUCCACGACCAAUUCCUGUCGGCUAUUCCGCUGCCGAUGUCCGUCCAUUGCUCGUGGGCACCUUCAACUACAUGUCUUGUGGGUUGUCCAACGACACCGCCUCCAAAAUCGACUUCUUCGGUUUGAACUCCUAUUCGUGGUGUGGUGAUGCGACUUUCGAAUCUUCUGGCUACGACGUGUUAGUUAGCGAUUUUGGUAACACCACUAUCCCCAUCUUCUUCUCCGAAUAUGGCUGCAACCUGGUCACCCCUCGUGUCUUCACGGAGGUCCCCGUCUUGUACUCCGAACAAAUGACCACAGUCUUCUCUGGCGGUCUUAUCUACGAAUACAGCGAGGAGCCAAAUAAUUAUGGUUUGGUCAAUCUCAAUGACAAUGACACCGUGAGCAUCCUCCAGGAUUACGACAACCUUAGAAAGCAGUACGACUCCCUGGACGUUAGCGUGCUGGAAAAGGCCAAUGCUACUGCAACUUCUCUUACUCCUCCCGACUGUACAUUUGAACUUCUUUCGGGCACCAACUUCACCAUGAGCUUUGACAUUCCUGCUCGUCCAGAUGGGGUGGAUGAUCUUAUCCAAAAUGGUGUCUCCGGGAAUUUUCCCGCUGGAACCUCUUCCGUGUCGGACACCAAGCCUUCGCAGAUUGUCUAUGCCACGAAUGGACAAGAAAUCACUGGACUUGAGUUGAACAUCCUAGCCAGUGAUCAGAGCAAUUUGCCUGGGAACAAUACUAGUGGUACUACUCCUGAGGGUGGUUCACCAUCGUCGACUGCAAGUAGCAGUGCGAGCUCACCAAGCAAUACCAACGCUGCAACAAAAGUCGAUGACAUCCAAUUUGGAUCUUUGAUCAUGGGCGCCUUGGCGGUUGGUCUUGUUGCGCAGUUGUGA